GAUCAAUUGAUUUGUUCUCAAUGUCCUAGAAUACAUAUUUUUUUACGUUAUUUAGUCCAGUUCAGCCACAUCUAUCAUCUUGCUUUGUGACUUGUGAGGAAAGAAAGGGUUUAGGGUUUAGCUUGGGAUCUCUAAGCUCUCUCUCUUCUAUGGUCCUGCCACUGGAGAUUCUGUUUCGAUCGUUAACUAGCAACAAGAAUGCAAGGGGUCGCACCGAAAUUAGCACAGACCACCAAAACCCUAAAAGCUCCGCGUCAAAGCUAAAACCCUCUCACCGACCAAAAAUAGUCUCUUUGUUCUCUCGAUCAAUCCUGCCAUGUCGGACAUUUUUCCUGGCGAGUAUGCAGCAGCUGAGACUGGCAUAUUUUGGGACAUAGAACAGUGCGAGAUCCCUGAUGAACUCAAUGCCGGUGAGGUUGUGCAGAGGGUUAGAUCAGUCAUUUCGGAUGCUGGUCAUCAUGGUACGGUCUCGAUGAGUGCGUAUGGUGAUAUGACUGGUCUUGACUUUCCUUCCGAGGGCAUUAAGCUCAAUCACUUUCCCGCAGGACACACAUACGCGAGACAUACGAAGAUGCUUGAAGACAUCGUGUCCUGGUCAGCUGAACAUCCUGAACCAUCAACUUUGCUGCUAAUCUUGGGAGACACCUCCGAUGACUUCGUCCAGGUUGUUAAGCUUUUGAAAUCCAGGAAGAAUUACCACGUUAUCCUUGUUCACCCCAGCGAUGUGUUUGGAAGUGAUUAGUAAGCGUAACUAGUCGGAUUUACUUAGGCAUGACAUUACCACUUGCUGGACAAGUAACUAUAACAACGUAUUGCAAGUAGACAAGUUCAUGUUUUUUUUUUUGUGGUGUGUUAUGUAUGGAUUUUGUUCCAAUUUAUAUCCAUACAGAGGGUCUCUUGUUUAUUCCUCUGUUGAUCUCUUAAGAUGUUUUUGUUCUGGUCA